AUGCUCUGGCUGGUCAGGACCCUCGGCUGCUGCCUUUGCAUCCUGCUACCUGUUGCCUAUGGAUCUCGGUACACUUUUGCUAACUUCCCAACUUCAAGAAGGGUGGCCUCUGUUCCACAGAAGUUCAAAACAUUGGGUAGAACUGCUGCAUCUCCGGCGGAUCAGCCCUACUCCCGAGGAACGGGCAGCUAUUCUUCAGCCGUCUCCCCUACAGAUGACGUUUGCAGGAACAGGCCCUUGGAUCUUGUGUUUAUUAUAGACAGCUCCCGCAGUGUCCGACCUGAGGAAUUUGAAAAAGUGAAAAUCUUCUUGGCCAAAAUGAUUGACACCUUGGAUGUCGGAGAGGGAGCCACUCACGUGGCGGUAGUAAACUAUGCCAGCACAGUAAAGGUUGAAUAUAAUCUUCAGACACAUUUCGACAAAGGUUCCAUGAAGCAAGCAGUAUCUCGUAUCAGCCCCUUAGCUGCAGGCACCAUGACUGGUCUGGCUAUUCAGACAGCCAUGGAUGAAGCUUUCUCAGAAGAAUCCGGUGCUAGACCUUCUUCCCUCAAUAUUCCUAAGGUGGCAAUCAUUGUGACAGAUGGUCGGCCUCAGGAUCACGUCCAAGAUGUGGCAUCCAGGGCUCGAGCUUCUGGAAUUGAGAUCUAUGCAGUCGGGGUUGCCCGAGCAGACAUGCAGUCUCUGCGGUUGAUGGCUAGUGAGCCAGUGGACGAUCAUGUUUCUUACGUGGAAACUUACAGCGUGAUUGAAAAGCUGGCUUCGAAAUUUAGAGACACUUUCUGUGCUGUGGAUGCCUGUGCACUUGGUGCACACAACUGUGAGCAAAUCUGUGUGAACAGUGAUGGGUCCUGGCGCUGUGACUGCUAUGAAGGGUACACCCUGAAUCCAGAUAAGAGGACUUGCUCAACUGGAGAAACCUGUGCCUCUGGAACUCAUAAUUGUGAACAACUUUGCGUGAGUACCGACAACUCCUGGCACUGUGACUGCUAUGAAGGGUAUACCCUGAAUCCAGAUAGGAGAACCUGUUCAACUAGGGAAACCUGUGCCUCUGGAACUCAUAAUUGUGAACAACUUUGUGUGAGUACCGACAACUCCUGGCUCUGUGACUGCUAUGAAGGGUACACUCUGAAUCCAGAUAAGAGGACAUGCUCAACUAGGGAGACCUGUGCCUCUGGAACUCAUAAUUGUGAACAACUUUGUGUGAGUACCGACAACUCCUGGCUCUGUGACUGCUAUGAAGGGUACACUUUGAAUCCAGAUAAGAGGACAUGCUCAACCUCUCUCCUAGCUAGGGAGACCUGUGCCUCUGGAACUCAUAAUUGUGAACAACUUUGUGUGAGUACCGACAACUCCUGGCGCUGUGACUGCUAUGAAGGGUAUACCCUGAAUCCAGAUAGGAGAACCUGUUCAACCCGGUCUUCUACUUCUACUGAGGAUAUCUGUGCAUCUGGAACCCAUGAAUGCCAACAAAUCUGUGUUCCUAGUGGCAGGUCUCAUUAUUGUGAUUGCUAUGAAGGGUACACCCUGAAUGCAGAUAAGAAAACGUGCUCAAGAAUACCAAGAAAUAGUAUUUCGUCCGCAGUAACAGAAGAAGCCUGUAAAUGUGAAGCUUUUAUUAACUUUCACACACUGGCCACUUCAUAUUUUGAGACGAUAUCAACAAAAUUAGAUAACCUUUUUGAGAAAGUAGAAAUCUACCGGAACCAAGGGCAGCACGUUUAGUAGAGACAUGGAUCCAGCUUCAGAUCAAAGCAACAUUCCGCUAUCCUACUUCACAAGAUUUUCUUUCAGCAAGCUAUCAAAGGAGUGGAUUGUAUCGUGGUUCUGUAAGAUGGGGCAAGACAGCAAGUCUGAUUGGUGCAUAUAUUAUCUGACUGAAGAACUACCAGGCUGUACAUACAUAAAUCACUGCUUUCUAGGGUCGUCAAUCUCCAGAUGGCACCUGGGGAUCUCCUGCUAUUACAAUUGAUUUCAAGGCUGCAGAGAUAAUUUCCUCAGGUGAAAAUGGCUACAGUAGAGGGUGGACCCUAUGGAACUGUACCAUGCUGAGGCCCCUCCCCUCACCAAACAUGGCCCUUCCCAGGCUCCGCCCCCAGAGGGGGAGAGAAACUGCUGCCACCGCUAUCCUGCUGCACUUUUGCGCACAUGUGAUAGAGAAACGGGAGGAACUGGGUGUGGUGGCAGCAACAAGCAGAGCGAAAACGAGCAUGUGCGGAGCCCUGUUCUUGCCCUUUCCUGCUGUGCUUCCAUUGUUGCUGCAGGCCCCCAGUGCAGAUGCAGCUGUUGUCAUGUUUUCCCUACAACUUCGUUUGUUUGUUCGUUCGUUCGUUCAUUUAAAAAAUGCCUCCAAUCCCUCACAAAUGCAUGUAAAGUGAUAUAGACUAGGGACACCCACCUCCAGGUUCCCUGGAAUUACAGCUUAUCUCCAGAUUACUGAAAUCACUUCCCCUGCAGAGAAUGGAUGCUUUGGAGGGUGGGCUCUGUGCCAUUGUAGCAAUCCCCAAAUCUCCAGGAGUUUCCCAACUUCCAUCUGGCAACCCUACCUGCCUCUCCCAUCCCCUACCAGUGGGCAGAGGGAUCAGGCAAACCUUAUAUAAACAUCUCUGCAGUAGCAUAGCAACAAGGGUGCAGGAAGGUGCAUGAUGCCCCGGGCGUGCUCUGGUGUGGGGGCAUUCCAGGGCAUGGCAGGGGCGCGGGGCGCACACGUGCCUCAGGCGUGGUUCCCCCUCGUUCUGGCCCUGCAUCUCUGGAAUGGUACACCAUGAUGAUUCUUUCCACAUUUGACAAUCGGGAAGUGUUCAGCUUGUUUGAAAAUACUUCUGUAUCUCUCAACAGAAGAAGCUGAACUAUGUGAUAUUUGGUUAUCUAUAAAUGUAAGCCCCAAUUUUCUUCCGUAAUGAAAUUCAAAGUAGCGUCCUGGAGGCCUCCCAUUCAGGAACUGACUAGCUUGUCUUGCUUCAGCAAAGCUUCUACAUCUUGUGCCAGUGCGUUCAAACUGUAGCUUGAUCUAGCCUGUUUUAUAGUACUGAGGAAUUUAAUACAAAAAACUUCUGCAACAGGCUGGACUGAACAUGAGUUUCCUGUACACGCCAAAAAUAAAAUUUGCACUGUAUUGGAUAAACUCUGCACUAUAGAACGUAAAGGUAUGUAAAGCUAGAUUGUUGAUCCGUGUCCAUGUUUAUGCAGUUUGACAUCUCGUAACUUUUAUUUUAAUAAAGAUGAGCAUACCAGAA